UUUUGACUUUAUCUUCUUCUUCUGAUAUUUUCAGCGCGCAGUAUUUGUGAUAUAAAGCCCCCACACUGAACUCCGUCUUCAGAAGCAGCUUUGACACCGGUGAAGCUCUGAUACCUGUAUUCUUCACUCUCUUUUGACUUGACAACAUCAGACCAGAGGAUAAAGAAAUUAACUGUGAGAAUCGUCAUUCUGCAAGAUUAAAAACAUGGAGUUUUCGACUUCAGACUAUGAUUAUAGUCAGUCUACAGAUUACCCAGAUGAAGGGCUCUGCAACCUCGACCCUAACCCCAUGGAGGUCACCAUCCAAACAUACAUCCACUCCAUCAUCUGUGCCUUCGGCCUGAUCGGCAACGCUCUCGUGAUCGUCACUUACAUAUUCUACAAGAGAACCAAGACGAUGACAGAUGUCUAUCUCUUCAACGUAGCUGUGGCCGACCUGAUCUUUGUGGUGGCUCUGCCAUUUAUCAUCUACAACGAGCAGCACAGUUGGUUAAUGGGUCCUGCGGCUUGCAAGAUGCUGAGGUCAGCCUACAGUAUCAACCUCUACAGUGGCAUGCUCCUGCUUGCAUGCAUUAGUGGCGACCGCUACGUUGCUAUAGUUCAGGCCAGAAGAUCCUUCGGCACACGCUCAAAUGCUCUGAUCUACAGCCGCCUUAUCUGCUCAGCUGUUUGGGUGUUUGCAGUGGCUUUAACUCUGCCCACACUCCUUUACACUGAACGCUUUGAAGAGCAGAAUCUGGGGGCUGACACUGUCACUGUGACAUGUCAGCUGUCUUUCAGUAAGAAUGAAACAGCAAAGCUUAUGAAGGUGGUGGUUCCCAGCCUUCAAAUGGCCAUCGGCUUCCUGCUGCCUCUGUUGGUGAUGGUGUUCUGCUACGCCACCAUUGUGUGUACUUUACUGAGAGCACAGAGCAGCCAGAGGCACAAGGCUGUCCGUGUGAUUUUAGCAGUUGUUGUGGUUUUCAUCGUGUGCCACCUUCCCUACAAUGUGACUCUGCUGAACCACACUCUGUCUCUUUUUAAGCAGAGGAGUUGUGAGGCAGAAAAGAUGAAACUCCAAGUGCUGGCCAUUUCCAAGAGCAUAGCCUACCUCCACUGCUGCCUCAAUCCCAUCCUCUACGCCUUCAUUGGCGUGAAGUUCAGAAGCCACUUCCGGCAGAUAAUGUUGGAUUUGUGGUGCUUUAGCAAAAAGUACAUCUACACAACUCGCUCGUCACGUGGCACUUCCGACAUUUGCAUCUCAGGUCGCGUGUCUUCAGAUGGUUGCAACAACAUGUCAUCAUUCACUGCAUGACACAGCAGUGGUACAAACCUUCUUAUCAGCCUAUCAAGACGUUACACUGCUGUAACUGUACAUACAUAAUUAGAGGUGAAAGCUUCUGUGCAAAAUGUGGUUAAAUCAAGCAUGUAUAUAUUUGAAAGCAGGGAUGUAGCAGCAAAUUCUGGGCCCUGUGCAGAAGCAGUCUCUGUGGGCCCCCCCACGUUUCCUUCCUUGAUCCAUGUCUCUGUCAUGCACCUUUAUAUUCUUUUUUUGUUUUGUUUUUACAAAGUCAGUUUGCUUUCUUUCCCUACCUGUUCCUUCUUUUCUUUUAUGGAAUCUUGUUUUCUCUGUCUGGGGAAAGACACAACAGUGUACGUUGGUGCCCCAGUAGCAUAAGCACUCUCUCACAGAGCUCUAGCUGUGUUUAGAGAGGCAGACUAAACCAUUUUGUGCCUUUUAAGGGGCAAAUGGAGCCUCAGAGAGCUUCCAGUAUUUUUUUUUCCACAAAGUUCAGUCUUUAAAAUGUUUUUUUUUUUUUUGUCAAAUUUGAUAAUUUGCAAACAAAACCAAACGUUUGAUUCUAGGCUCGCCUUCUACUGGGGCCCCAGAUAAUCAGUCCCCUUUUCCCCACACUAUGACACCCCUGUUUGAUAGUUGCCUUUAACAUCACAGAUUGUAAUAUUGUACAAUUCAUAUUUUUCCACACUGUUCUAAAAGUCAUAGAUUAGAUAAUCACUUUCACUUUGAUAUCUUAUUUUUGUACUGUUGUCACCAUACUGUUAAGACAACCUCUUUUUUUGUGUAUUCCUAUAAAUUAUGUUAAGUAUGUUCAUUUUUAAAGAUAAGCAUCUAAAGAGUUUUGCAUAUUUGUGUUGCCAGACUGCCACUUUUAUCUACAUCUUCUAGAACAAUAUACAGACCCUAUUCUAUUAUGAAAGUUUUUUUAAAUAUAUAUUUUGUAUGUCUGAUUGUAUUCUUUUGUCAUACGUUCUGA